AUGGCUCGCAAAUGCGUAUAUGCAUCUGCAUCAUCUGCAGAGUUCGCUGAUGAGCAGCCAUCUCCUAGUCUUGCGGUACUCGCUCUUGUGCUCAUUGCUGCGAAUCAUGGCAUGGUAAACACAAUCAGCGACACCUUCGACGUGCAGUUUCAUACGCUGAAGGACAAGUACAAGGAUGUUGUCAGUGCUGAGGCGCUGUUCUGGAAAAGAUUUCGUGGUGGUACCACCUAUGACUAUGGCAUGCGCAUGGAAGUCCCCACCCUCAUGAAGGAGUUCGUUGACAACGUCAACCUAGGAACAGAUCCCGAGGGAUUUUUAUUCUUCAACAACAUCGGAGAUCUCGACGCAGGCGAUGGUAAAUACAAUGUCUUGUACAACACCACUGGCGACGUCAAUCAGCGCGCCGUGCGUGUUCAAUUCUUCCACCACAAACAGGGAAGCUUCUAUGCCGAGUUUCUUGCCAAGGACCCUAAUAAGACUGUCGACUACCUCAUUGACGGCCAAGUUGGUAAAUGGGCCACUCUUGAGACCGGUUCAGCCAGCGCACACAUCAAGAAAUAUUCUGAUGAAAGUGACAUCUCGAUCAAAAUCCCUGCCAUCAAGAAGCAAGUGACGUUCAGUGUACCUGACAACAAUGCCCAUGCGUCUAUCGACGUUUGGGGCAAUUUCAUGUUCAAGGAUAUUAGUAGACUCCAGAGUUCCAGCGAUCCCUCUUAUGCGGACUACAACCAGGACAGAAUUGUCUUCUACCGUUCCAGCGGAUGGACUGGAAGCGCUGAUUUCACUGCUUCCUCGACUGACUUACAUGCACCAAUGUUCUCGAUCUGUUAA